ACAUCAAAAUACAGCUCUUUACUGGUGGGAGUCGUCAAACAGCAGAAUCCACUUAACUUUAGCGACCAGGUGUGUCUGUUCGAGCUAAUACUAUUCAGUACCUGAAAUAAAAGACAGAUAAGACGACGGCUAGUUGCUAGUUGAGCUGUUCACAGAUACUUGACCCGCUAAGAGGGCAUGGAGAAGGCCAAACAAGAUGCAUUUGAUAAUGCCAGACUCCAAGUGAUCAAAGAUGGCUAUGAAAGCGGGUUUGAGUGCAUCAAUAAAGGACUGUCAGCAGAUGAAGCUGGGGAAAAGUCUCAGGCUCUGGAGUUCUACAAGCGAGGCCGACAGCAUCUUCUCAGGGGCAUCAGCGUGCCUUCUCGGGGCGAGGAGUGUGUUGGCAGCUCCUGGGAAUCGGCCCAGCGAAUGCAGCAGAAGAUGCAGGAAACGCUGAACAACAUCACCACACGCCUUGCCAUGCUGGAGACCAGUUCUGACCUCGAGUCUGCACCCACACAGAGUUCCAGUGGUGCACACGUGUCUUCUGGAGGUCUCUAUCCAAAGCUCGACACCAAAGCAAAGCCAGAAAGACCAGCCCCGCCAUGCCUAGCCACAGGAGCUGCAAGAGGCGUAGCUGCGAGCCAUACUCCGGUGGUUCCAGCUGAGCAACCACCAGCUUACUCUCCUCAGGCUGCUGAUGGCCAUGUCUCUAUCUCUUAUGGCACAGAAUCAGGAGAGAUGUCAGUGGUCGGGGAUGAUUUCUAUAGUCGUACGUCUACUUCCUCGUCAUCUCCUCAGAGUGUGGGUGAGGACGGGGAAGAGCUGCUUUACAUCCCUAAUGGUGUUCAGAUAUUCUUUGUCACACCCGAGGGGCAAGUAAGCGCCCCAUCAUACCCCGGCUACCUGCGGCUGGUAAAGUUCACCAGUGAUCCCUCGGACAGGAUGCCCAGUAGACCGCCAGCAUUUCUGCAGGUGUGUGACUGGCUCUACCCUCUCAUGUCUGUGAACUCUCCAGUGCUGGAGUGUAACACCGGAGUUUUUAUGUUUCCGGACAUGAUGGCGCCGGCACCGGGUUACUAUGUCGGGGUCGUGUUGUCAUCUGAGCUCCCGGCAGCAGACCGAGCCUUGUUUAAGAACCUGCUCUCUCAGAUGACAGACCUCAGGGUUCAGGCCCCAGAUGAAGCUGCAGACUCUGUUAAUCUCAGUCAGAAGGUAUCCAUUGCUGCACCUGAGGAGAGGGAGAGACCACCUGCAGCUGAUGAGGCGGCGUCUGCAGAAACCGAGGAGGAGAAAUCUUUGCCUGAGUGGAGUGAAAAAGUGGCGAGUGGGAUCUUAACUGGUGCUUCCUGGUUAAGCUGGGGUUUGGUCAAAGGGGCUGAGUACACAGGCAAGGCUAUACAGAAAGGGGCGUCUAAGCUCAGGGAACACAUCACUCCAGAGGACAAGCCCACCGACGUGAGCCCCACCGUGACCAAAAGCCUCUACGUGGCCAAGCAAGCAACAGGAGGCGCUGUUAAAGUCAGCCAGUUUCUAGGUGACUGACACGACUUCCUGCCCGCAUUUUUUUUU